CAAUAUCUUCUGUUACGCUGGUGUCUGACAGCAGGUGGCGCACUUGAACGCGGUGACAGUUCUUUUAUGUCAGACUUGAGAAACUGAGAGGUCUGCGUUAACUUAGCGAAACAAUGGCCAAGACAAAAACCGAGAAACGUAACAAGUCAGCAAUCAACGAGGUUGUAACUCGUGAAUGCACCAUUCACCUGUCAAAGCGGGUGCACAACAUUGGCUUCAAGAAACGUGCGCCGCGCGCUAUCAAGGAGAUCCGCAAGUUCGCUGAGAAGGAAAUGGGAACCCGCGAUGUGAGGAUCGACACCCGUUUGAACAAACACAUUUGGUCAAAGGGUAUUAGGAGCACACCAUUCCGUGUACGUGUACGACUCGCCCGUCGACGCAACGACGACGAAGAUUCACCCAACAAAUUGUACACAUUGGUCACAUACGUGCCCGUAGCAACCUUCAAGGCUCUCCAAACGGAAAAUGUCGAAUCAAGCGACGAUUAGACGAUGGAGAUUUUUGGCAACAAAUUUUUAACAUUUAAAAACAAAAAAUAAAAAAACUU